UGAGGGGGUCUCCCUAUAGGUGACUUUUAUCUUGUUAUUGCCGUGUGACGCCAUAAAGCUGCUCCGCGUUCCUGUUUCUGCAGUCUGUGAAAAAGGUGAUCUAAGCUCCCUCAGCAAUGCGUUGAUAGUGAACUAGAGAGCUGAUUGAGAUGGCGUCUAUUAAAGAGGAGAGUGAAGACCUGAAGAUUGAAACGUUUACAGUCAAACAGGAAGAUCCAGAGGAACAAACAGAGCUGAUGGUGCUGAAAGAAGAGACCGAAGACCUCAAUGAACGGGAAGAGAAUCAGUUUGAGAAACACCAAGAUUUAUUGACUGAUGAGAAAUCCACUGAGACGACUUCACCACAUAAAAGAGCUCAGAAAACCAAAUCUAACGAUGAUUUGACCUGCUGUCAAUGUGGGAAAAGCUUUACUCUUAAGCACAACCUUGAAGCCCACAUGAGAAUUCACACCGGAGAGAAGCCUUUCUCGUGCGAUCAGUGUGGAAAGAGUUUCACGCAAAAAUCGAAAAUUAAAGUCCACAUGAGAGUCCACACCAGAGAGAGGCCGUACACGUGUCCCGAGUGUGGAAAGAGUUUCAGGCAAAAGCAGCACCUUAAACUCCACAUCAGAAUUCACACAGGGGAGAAGCCUUUCGCCUGCCAACAGUGUGGGAAUAGUUUCACUCAAAUACAAGCCCUUCAAAACCACAUGGGCAUUCACACCAGAGAGAAGCCUUACAUUUGCACACAGUGUGGUAAAAACUUUAAAUGUAAAAGCUACCUUGAUUCUCACAUCAGGACUCACACCGGAGAGAAGCCGUAUAAAUGUGGCCAGUGUGGAAAGAGUUACAAGCAGCGAGCCAACCUCAGCCAUCACAUGAAGCGCCACUCUAGAGAACAGGGGAAGUGUGUGUCAGCUGAUCUGUCACUGUCACUUCCUGGAUAUCAUCAGGCCUCGUCUGAACGUCCUCAGAGCAGCGGUCAGAGUGGUUCGCCUGACGGAAACCUUGAGCCAAAGCAGAUCUCGUCCCCCAUCUUUCCGUCUACCAGCUAACAACUCAGUAGACGAAACGCAAUGAACACAACGCGGUGGCUUUCGGAGGCAUGAGAUGUUCUUUGGGAGCGCAGAUGCUCAAGACUGGAGGUAUUAAUAAUAAAAUGAUAAUACGGAACCACAAUGAUGACAGACUUUGGCUGAGACGUUUGAGAAAUGAGUAAAACAACAUUUCAGAUGUUUUACAACGCGACUCCUAUCCACACUCAGAUGUUGAAUGAUUAAGGAUGACGUAGCCAUGCAUUUAUACUUCUGCAUUCUGUUUGUGUUGCUCUGGAUUAAAACUUAUGAAACACUU